CGGCGCGGACUGUGCGCAAGUGCGGAGCUGCGGGUCCGGCUUGUGUGGCUGUGUUUCCGCGUCCAGCGGUGGGGAGGUAGGGCGGGCGAGGGUGGGGUGAGGUGAGGGAGACCGGAGAGCUAAAGGGCCGCAGCCCAGCCCGGCAGGCUUCGGGAGCAGGUGAGCGGCUGGGAGCCCGGGGAGGGCUGAGAGCAGCGCACCGCAGCGCGGCGCCCCGCCCCUCCAGCCCCGCGGCCUGAGCGCUGCUGCCGGCCGCCCUGUGACAUGUGACGCGGGGCAGCGGCACCAUGAAGAAGUUCAACAUCAGGAAGGUGCUGGACGGCCUGACGGCGGCGGCGGUCGCCUCGUCCUCAUCGUCAUCGCAGCCCGGCCAGCGGGCCCCUGACAGUGACAUCGUCGAGAGCCUCUGCUCCGAACACUUCCAGCUCUGCAAAACGGUUCGUCAUGGAUUUCCAUAUCAGCCUUCAGCAAUGGCUUUCGAUCCGGUGCAGAAAAUCCUGGCAAUUGGAACCCAAUCCGGAUCAUUAAGACUCUUCGGAAGACCAGGCGUGGAGUGUUACUGCCAGCAUGACAGUUCUGCAGGGGUGAUCCAAUUGCAGUUCUUGAUCAAUGAGGGAGCCCUUGUGAGUGCCUUGGCAGAUGAUACUUUACAUCUCUGGAAUCUGCGUCAGAAAAGGCCUGCCAUUCUCCAUUCUCUUAAAUUCAACAAAGAAAGGAUAACAUUUUGCCAUCUGCCCUUCCAGAGUAAGUGGUUGUAUGUUGGCACAGAAAGAGGGAAUGUACAUAUUGUCAAUGUGGAGUCCUUCACACUCUCAGGCUAUGUCAUUAUGUGGAAUAAAGCCAUUGAACUAUCAUCAAAAACCCACCCAGGACUCAUUGUCCACAUCAGUGACAACCCAAUGGAUGAAGGCAAGCUUUUAAUUGGUUUCGAAUCUGGAACUUUGGUAUUAUGGGACCUCAAAUCAAAGAAGGGAGAGUACAGAUACAGCUAUGAUGAGGCUAUCCAUUCUGUGGCUUGGCAUCAUGAAGGAAAACAAUUUGUUUGUAGCCAUUCAGAUGGCAGCCUUACUGUCUGGAAUGUAAAAUCUCCCAUUAAACCUGCACAGAUUAUUACACCACACGCAAAGCAGCCAAAAGAUGGAAAGAAGCCAGAACCCUGCAAACCCAUCCUGAAAGUGGAAUAUAGAACCUGUAAAUCUGGAGAUCCUUUCAUCAUUUUUUCAGGAGGACUGUCCUAUGACACCGUAGGUAGAAGACCAUGUUUGACAGUGAUGCAUGGGAAGAGCACUGCUGUACUUGAAAUGGACUACCCAAUUGUUGACUUUCUUACCCUUUGUGAAACACCAUAUCCGAGUGAUUUUCAGGAUCCAUAUGCGGUCGUUGUCCUUCUGGAAAAGGACUUGGUAGUUGUAGAUCUUGGACAAAAUGGUUACCCUAUAUUUGAGAACCCUUACCCUUUGGAUAUACACGAAUCGCCUGUCACCUGCUGCGAGUAUUUUGCUGACUGCCCUGUUGACUUAAUUCCUGCACUUUAUUCUGUAGGGGCAAAGCAGAAGCGGCAAGGAUACAGUAAAAAGGAAUGGCCUAUCAAUGGAGGUAAUUGGGGUUUGGGCACUCAGAGCUACCCAGAGAUAAUUAUUACAGGGCAUGCAGAUGGAUCACUAAAGUUCUGGGAUGCUUCAGCCAUAACGUUACAAGUUUUAUACAAGAUGAAGACAUCCAAAGUAUUUGAAAAAUCUCGAAAUAAGGAGGAGAAACCAUACACAGAUAUAGUCGAUGAAGAUCCUUAUGCCAUCCAGAUAAUCUCGUGGUGUCCUGAAAGUAGAUUGCUGUGUGUGGCAGGAGUGUCAGCACAUGUAAUUGUUUACAAAUUCAGCAAACAGGAAGUGACAACAGAUGUUAUCCAGAUGCUUGAAAUACGAUUGCAUUAUGAAAUAAAUGACCUUGAGUCACCAGAGACUGAUCAAAUACCAUCAGUGGGAAUUUCAUGCCAGGGGUCAAAUUCUCAGACUGCAAACUCUCAGUCUCACCCUUCCACAAGCAGCACCUCAUCGGAUGGCCUCCGCGAUAACGUGCCCUGCCUAAAAAUUAAAAGUACUCCAUUAAAACAAGGGGCAGGCUACCAGGCUGAAGUAGUCAUUCAGUUGGUUUGGGUUAACGGCGAGCCUCCACAGCAGAUAAGCCUAGCAGUCAAUUCUCAUAUGGACAUCUUGGUGUUUGGGAACUGUAAUGGUAUUGCAAUGGUUGAUUACAUUCAGAAGACUGUACUUUUAAACCUGGGCACAAUUGAACUCUAUGGUUCGAAUGAUCCAUAUCAGAGACAACCAAAGUCCCCCCGCAAAACCCGACAGGCCUCAGGAGGUCUCUGUGAUAUCAAUGAAAGUUCCACAGCUCUGGAUGACCGUUGCAAGUCUCCCACAUCAGGUUCUGCCUCUUCGUGCAAUUCUGAAGAUGAACAGAAAUUGCCUAACUUUAUAGAAAAGGUGAAAAACAAAAGCAGAAAAUUUUCCAAGACCGUAGUAUCUGACAUAGCGAAGAUGUCAAGAAAACUAAGCUUGCCAACUGAACUGAAGCCUGAUUUGGAUGUGAGAGACAACUCUUUCAGCCGUUCCCGCAGUUCCAGUGUUACCAGCAUUGACAAGGAGUCCCGAGAGGCCAUCACUGCUCUUCAUUUCUCUGAGACUUAUACCCGAAAGGCAGAUACGUGCACCUCACCAUGUUUGUGGGUUGGGACGACACUUGGCACAGUACUGGUCAUAGUACUGAAUCUGCCACCCGGAGGAGAGCAAAGACUUACCCAGCCAGUCAUUGUGUCUCCAAGUGGGACUAUCUUGAGACUAAAAGGAGCAAUUUUGCGAAUGGCAUUCUUGGACACCACAGGAAGCCUCAUUCAUCCAGCACAUGAACCUUGGAAAGAACCAAAUGUACAGGAGGAGAAAGAUGAGAAAGAUAAAUGUAGGAAACUGAGACCUGUAUCUGUCUCCCCCUCAUCCUCUCAGGAGAUAAGUGAAACCCAAUAUGCAGUGAUAUGUUCAGAAAAGCAGGCAAAGGUUAUCUCACUGCCAUCCCAAAACUGUGUUUAUAAACACAACAUAACUGAAACAUCAUUUGUCUUUCGUGCUGAUAUUGGACUGAAUGGGAGCAUCUGCCUUGCAUGCUUCUGUGCCAAUGGACAUAUCAUGACGUUCAGCUUGCCAAGUCUUAGGCCACUACUGGAUGUCAAUUAUUUGCCACUGACCGAUAUGCGAAUAGCUCGUACCUUCUGUUUCACCAAUAACGGGCAAGCUCUUUAUCUGGUUUCCCCCACUGAGAUCCAACGCAUCACCUACAGUCAGGGAACAUGUGAGAAUUUACAGGAAAUGCUGGGAGAGCUGUUUACUCCUGUGGAAACACCAGAAGCUCCAAACAGGGGGUUCUUUAAAGGGUUGUUUGGUGGUGGUGCCCAGUCACUGGACAGGGAAGAACUUUUUGGUGAGUCUGCAGCAGGGAAAGCCUCGAGGAGCUUGGCCCAGCACAUUCCAGGGACUGGUGGAAUUGAGGGGGUCAAAGGAGCAGCAUCUGGUGUUGCAGGGGAGCUGGCUCGGGCCAGGAUAGCACUUGAUGAAAGAGGGCAGAAACUGAGUGAGCUGGAAGAGCGAACGGCGGCCUUGUUAUACAGUGCCGAUACUUUCUCUAAACAUGCUCAUGAGAUGAUGUUAAAGUGCAAAGAUAAGAAGUGGUACCAGUUCUGAACACCUUGAUCCAACAUUACUUAAAUACUUCAGCUGGAAGGAGGUUAUCCAUAGAUGAUUCUCCCUCUUCAUUUAUUUCUGCAGGACAGGAGGUUCAUCUUUGAGUAUUGCUGUUUCCUAGCACAACUCAUAAACUCUUUCCCUCGGUCAUAUUGCUUUAAACUGAGGAGGAAACUGAAAACUUGCAACAUGAAGGUGUUUUCUACUGUAGCUGUGGGUUGGUGCACAGUGUGGGACCUGAGCAGGGAACAAGGGGCAGUGCUGGGUUUUAUGUGUUAUUUCACACGCCAAAUGUUUUGUGCUAUUGUCUCUGGCAGUGUUUCACCCAUAAAACUAUAAAUGUAAUACUGCAUUCACUCCAGAUGCCAGCAAAUGCAAAACAAGAGGAUAAAUACGUGUAGCAAAGUAUUGCAUUGAGAAUCCAAACAAUGAUUUAUUUCUGGUUCAAGAAAUUAAUUUGCACAUUUUUAGUUUGUGUACUGAGCUAGUUGGGUGAUAAUGAUUUUCAGUUUGUGUCCAACUCUGAUCAGAAAAUGCUCGUUUGUGUCUGAUAUUAAUUAGAUAAUGGUGUGUGUCCACUGGCUGGAUGCAGUGAGUUUGGAUGAUGUUGUUUUGUGGUCAGUGCUGAUUGGUUGAUGCUGGUUUGUGUCUGGCAAUAAUGAAUGAUGUCAUUUUCUGUCUAAUACUGGUUGAAUGAAUAAUAUUUUGGGGUCUAGAUUUGUCUUAGUUGAUAAUUUUAGUUGAUUAUGGAUUCAUUUCAUGCAGAUGUUGCCUGUGUGGUUACUCAUGCAAAAAGCAUUUUGUAAUUAGAUUUUAUUAUUUACCCCCACUGACUAUAGAUAAUUGUCAAUAAUGCAAAUCAUUUGAGCUACAGUAACAACUGUUUUUAAAAUAAAUUAACCGUCACUGGUUUGGAGUCACAUGAUGAUUAUACAAAAAAACUUCAAAUCUCAAUAAUAGUAUUAUGGUGUCAGAUGAAAUGUACACUAUUUAUUGUUCUAACUCCCAGCCUAGUUCACCAGAUCUCGCUGUAUGAAUUGAUGCUGUUUGGUAGUCUUACAUCUGUAGGAUAGUUUGGAGAACCAUGGAAGUAUUUUUCUCCCCUUGUUCUUCAAGGAAUAAAUUCCAGACGACAACAAACUACUUUCCUGCAGAACUAUAGUUGAAACCAAAGGGAAGGAGAUGACGUGUUGACAUUGUUUAUGGAAUGGGAGGAAGAGCUGGACUGAGCUGACUGAGAGUUGAUGGCAAAUUAGGCUGCAGUAGAACAUUGUUUCCUUUUGAAAAGUACUUAGUGCCACUGUAGACGUGGAAUAUCCAACACAGAUAGAAUUUGAACAUAUUUUUAUGAAGUAAGGUCAGCUGCCAACAUGGGCUGGUUCUGAUUCCUGUUCAUAGUCACUGUACAUUAUUGGUGUAUUGUCACAUUCCAUGUUGCAGUACAUGAGAUGAUAUUUAGUGCAAUACUUUGGGAAUGCCCAUAUUUGAAGAUUAAAUGGAAUGUACCUGAAGGGGUUGGUUAUAACUGUGUUUCUCCUUUGUUUUUGUACAUUUUUACAUGUUCACCUCCUCCAGUCACUUUGCUUCAGAUGCAGUGUGUGUGUGAUGUCUGCAGCCUUUCUCCUUCAUGAUCAUUGCACAUAUUCAACUUGGGUCUUGUGAGGGAAAUUGAAGGCUGAGAAAGAAAGAUGCUGGCUUCCACAGAAACAGCUCUUCAUUUAAUAAUGAAAUCUGGACUCGAUAUAGUUGGAGUCCCACUGUCAUAAGUGCCCACACAGUAGAACUAUUCCUCACAAACCUCAGCAGCCACAGAGUCCAGAUCAACGCAGCAAAUCACUAUGCUUUUAAAAUGUAGGCUAUUAGAAGUUCACAGGAGUUUGUUUCAUGAUGAAAUUCUAAUCUGCAGUCAAUAUAAAAUGUUGAUUGCCAAGAGCAUGGUUGCCUUCAAGACAGAAAUGUUUACUUGUGUUAUAAUUUGUUGCCAUGCUUUUCAUGUUCAGAUUUUUUGGGGUUUAUUUUAUGUCAUUUAUAUUCCCUUUUGUUUACAGUGUAUGUGUUUUUUUCCUGUGUUUUAGGUAUCUCAUUGAAAUCUGGAGCACCUCUUUUAAAGUGGCUGCUGCCUGGAUUGUCCCCUCUUCCCUGAUUAUGAUGGCACAAUGCUCCUAACAAGGGGAGUUGUACAUGUGCAAGGGUCUUUAUCCUCUUGAUUAGCAUUUCAGGAUUUCUUUAAUGAAACAAAUUUCUUUUCAGCAUAUUUGAAAAUAUAUAAAUAUGAAGUAUAUGUGUUGAGAAAUAUAUUUCCUUAAACAUGUUUUCAGUGUAGGGUCUGUACUUCAUUUCCCUGAUCUUUUGAUGGAAGUGCACGAAAUUUACUGCUGUUUGUGUGUUACCCGUGAUGUGCAUCAAGUCUGAGUGUUCUGUUAAAUUAAAAGCUAAUGAAGUUGAAUUUGCUGAGUACUUCUGCCAAAUUGUAAUGUUUUUUCCUGAAAAUUGUUUUUCUAAAAAAAAAUUAAAAUAUCCAAUCUAGCU